CUUCCGCGCUAUAAGUUUCAUCUUCUCCUCGUUUUUUCAAUCACGAGUCACGUUUCAAGAACUUCUGGUACCCAGUUUCGAUCAUCCCUCUUUGUUCUCAAAUCCCCAGAAACCAUGCGUCCUCCAAUCAAGAAGAUCAACUUUUGCAGAGGCCAGAGCGUGGAAAUCUCCGUCAAGGAAGACGGGUUUCAUGGAUCGUACUACGAAGCGAAGGUGGUUUCUCAGCUCGAUAAUGGCCUCUACGUCGUCCAGUACAAGACCUUGCUCGAAGACAACGAGUUCCAAUUUCUGACUGAGACUGUGUACCCCAAGGAGCUUCGUCCUCUGCCUCCCGCCAUCCCUGUUCGGAGGUUUUCUACUAACCAGAAGGUCGAUGCUUUCGACAACGAUGGUUGGUGGGUCGGCGUUAUCACUCGAAAAGAUGGCCCCGACGCCUAUUUCGUGUAUUUCGCCACCACAGACCAGGAGAUCGCUUACCCUCUCUCUCAGCUCAGGGUUCAUCACGAUUGGAUCGGCGGCAAGUGGGUUUUGUCUAAGAAAGAAGGGAGGGCUUUCUUGUGAUUUCAAUAGUUGUUAUGUUACGACCCCAUCAAAACUCAAAAUCCACGACUAUGGACAUCUGAUUGUAAGAUUUAAGAAUCAAAGGUUGUUCUGAAGGCCGAUUAUAUCUUUCU